CCUGGCGGCGAAUCUCCGUGGAAACGACGAAACAACGACGCGGGCGAGGUUGCCGGGCUCGGGGAGGGAAAAGGACUGGAAGGGGAAAAUGUCGAGGCGAAGAGGAGGAAGAGGGAGGGUUGUGGGGGUAGCACGGGGGAACGGAGGGCGAGAGGAGUCUUGGACGUGGUGCGGCGCCAGAUGACGGGAGAGCUCCCCUCUUCCCACCCUGCCUCGCGGAAUAAAGCCUUUGCCCUCAGCACCCUCCCCAUGGAAAAGCUGCUGGGAGGGAGGAAUGGGGAGGGCGAAGUAGGAGGGGUAAGAGAGAAGGAGAGCGUUCUGGGGGCGGCAUCAGGGGAGAGGAGGGGUGGUGAAGGGAAGGUCGAGCGCAACAAGCAGGAGCGAGACAAGAAAACGAUUGCGCGGAUUAAAAAGCUGAUCAAAUACAGACGUUGA